CAUCGAGAAAGAGGGAGAUAGACCGGCCGAGAUUCAAACUCGAAAUCUAAACGACCGAACACUCAGAGUCACGCGAGUGGCCGCGCGAUACGGCUCGGGCGUUUGAAAACGUACGGACGACGACAAAGGACGCGGCGAGUCGCGCGCCAUGUGCGAUCGGAGAAGUUUCAGAUUAAAGAGGAUCCUCUGUGUUCUAUCUAUCGUCACUGGCAUCGUCCUACCGAUCGGAUACUGCCAGAAUGCAGAACCACGUGGAUCCUUUGGGAGCAAAAGUAUCGCAAGGAGGAUGGAUCUUCUACGGGACAACGAACAUCUCGACGAACGACGAUUCAACUGGGACGUGUCUCUCGAUGGGGAGAAGAUGCUCGAAGAGGAAACAAGGAGCUUCUCGUCCGAAAGAAAGUCGAAGGAUGAGAACGAGGAGGAUAAGGAUGCUGUGUCUCGGUCCAACGGAGAAAAUAAAAACGUCGCUCUUCAUCCAUCGGAGAGCCGUACGAGAGCUUCCUUCCUUCGACAGACACUGAAUACGACUGCUACAACGUCAUUGGGCGAACAACGAAGGUCUACGGAAAUCGGUGAGAUUAACAAAGCCCGUAAGAAAAAUCGUCGAACGAAGGAUCCAAGAAAUAAUUCUUCUUAUAAUAUCAACGGUAUUACGGAUGUACGUGAGAAUGAGAUAAGAAUUGGCGGUGGUAGAUCGUCGUUAAAUGAAAAUAAAGAAAAUGUUAAUAUGGAUCAAAUGUCGAAAAAGUCGAAAUACUCGCAAGCGAGAAAGUUACGUGGUGAACGACGAAGAAGACGUAAGAAUAGGGAUAGAAAAAGGGGUAGAAAGAGGUCAAGGCAAAAUGAGGAUAGAAAGACCGACGACGAGAGAAGGCGUGCUUCGAAGUUUAAAAAACGAACGGAAAAUGAAGAAGAGGGAUCCGAACGAUCCUUCGGCGAUUCUUCGAACAUAGGUUUGACGUACGGGGAAAAGAACGUCAGCAUUUUUCGACAGGAUUCAAGCAAUUUCGAUAGUUUAGAUUCGAGCACUGGCACCGGUGCUCCGUCCAAUCUUCGAGCUCCAUCGAUUACAACGACAACUACGACGACGAAUGCGAACGAUAGAAAGAGUUUGCCUCAAGUACCACCACGGCGGGACUUGUACGUUGAAAACGUCGAGAGAGAACUUUCUAAACAAUUGGAAAAGGAGAUCGCUAGAUCUGGUAUGAUAAAUUUGAGUAAUCGAGUUCUACUAACUGGUUCUACGACACAUCGAGAUGUUACGUCGUACGACGAUGAGAAGAACAAAUUAUCGAAUGAGAUUACGAUCGACGAUAGAGCGAGAUUCGGUAAUUCGCGUUAUGACGCCGAUAAAAUGUUGGGUUAUUCGCGUACCGAGGAGGAUCUACCGAUUCUCGAUCUUGAAAAUGAAGUACUCGAAAGAACGAUGAAGGAUUAUAACGCUUAUAUGACGUCAAGCUUGAAGUUACGUCAGGAUAGGCCAAAAUUUACCUCUACAUCACGUUUCCACGAUCAACCAAUCGUAUCUUUAAUCACGAGUACAACCACUACUACCAGAAGUACGACGACUACUACGACUACUAAUACCUUAGACGAGGAUAAUCCAAAAGGCGACUUAUCAUGCAUAAACGGAACUUUCUUGCCGGCACCGCUAGCUAGGCAUGCUCUUAUCAAAUAUGUAAAAUCCUCAAUACCGGGACACGAGUAUCUCGAAGCCGAUUACGAGUGUGCACCUGGGUUUUAUAUGGUAUCGACCGGAAGUCGAUUGCUUUGCAGAAAUCGUCAAUGGAUCGGACAAGUACCAAAAUGUAAACUGAAACAAGGAACGGACGGUGUAUGCUCAGAAGUCUCAUGCGAACAUGUUUGUAAGGAAAUCGAUGGUAGAGCCGUUUGUUCUUGUUACAAUGGUUUCCGAUUGGAUGCAUACAAAUGCAUAGACGUGAACGAAUGCGAGGAGAACAACGGUGGCUGUGAGUACAAAUGCGUGAACACUCCUGGAUCUUUUCGAUGCGAGUGUCCGAAGGGAAUGAAACAGGGCGAGGACAGGUUCACGUGCAUAGACAUCAACGAAUGCUUGCUGAACAACGGUCAUGGUCCCUGUCAGGACACGUGUCGAAACCUCGUAGGUGGUUACGAAUGCUCUUGCGAGGGUAUCCAGGACACAGUUCUGUCGGCCGAUAACCACACGUGCCAGAACGCGGGUCCAUGCAGUGUCAACAACGCCGGAUGCUCUCACACUUGUCUCUCGACGAUGGGUCGAGUGUUCUGCCUCUGUCCGGACGGCUUCAUGCUCGAGGACGACUGGAAGACCUGUCAAGACGUAGACGAAUGCGCAGUACCUGAUCUACAAACGGAAGUGUGCCGUUAUGGAUGUAUCAACACGCAAGGAUCUUACAGAUGCGCCGAACCGACAGAACUGAAGGAUCAACCGAUCGUAGAUAGUCUCUCCAUCACCUGCCUGCCCGGAUACGAGGUGUCCACGGACGGCUCUUGCGUGGAUAUCGAUGAGUGUUCUAUCGAGAAUGGUGGAUGUAAGGAGGUAUGCGAAAACACAGACGGAAGUUUCUUCUGUGCUUGCGACGGCGACGAAAAAGCUCUCUCGUCUGACGGAAAGACUUGCAUGGAUAUAGACAACGUCGUAUGUCCUCCAUUAAAUCCUGCGGGAAGAGGCUAUCUAAUGUGUUCCCGUAUGGCCGUACCAAAGUCCUGGCGAGGUAGACGUAAGAUCACUAAUCGACCUGGAACUAAAUGUUUCCUCAAAUGUCCCCAUGGUUAUCAGCUUCAUGGGGAAUACGAACUUACGUGCCAAUCGGAUGGCACAUGGGACGGUCCAAAACACGGGGAAUGCGUUAGAUAUAGCAAGCCAAGAUUGGAAUGUCCAAAGGAUGUCGUAGCAGAGUUACCACCAGGACGAGACGAAGCUUUCGUGACGUUUGAUCAACCUUCGACCGAUCUCGAUUGGUUUCGUUAUGUACGAUCGAAACCUUCUUGGGGUACUAGAUUGGAAGCCAACUUGAAAAUUGGCACACACGAGGUCAACUUUUUCGCAAGACACCCGGUAUCGAAGAAACAAGCGAGUUGCGUUUUGCGUAUCAUCGUAAAAGACGGCGAAGCACCAAAAGUAAAAGACUGUCCGAACAAUAUCGAUGUGACCGGGAAGAAUGGUACAUCGAUAACAUGGACUGAGCCAAUUUUUACGGACAACGUGAAAGUCACGCGUAUCAGCAGCAACGAGAGUCCAGGACGUCCGUUUGACGUUGGAGGGCAUAGAAUAGAAUACGAGGCCAGCGAUGAGGCCGGUUGGUCGAGCAAGUGCGUCUUCACUGUGGUCCUACGAGCCGAGUGAAAAGUAUUAAGAGAAGGGAGUCGAAGAGAAACUUGGUUUGCUCUUAUGGCGUUGUAGAGAGAAAGAGGAACGAAAGGGUGGAGGAGGAGGAGGAGGAGGAGGAGGAGGAAAUAAGGGGAAAAAGAAGAAGAA